AUGUUCCGGGAGACAGCAGCCAUCGACCCGGCGCCGACGCUGUUCGUGAACGACUAUAACGUGGAGAACGCCAGUGACCCCAACGAGACGCCGGAGAAGUACGUCGCCCUCAUCACCGACCUGCAGAAGCGGGGCGCGUCGGUGGGCGGGAUAGGGGUGCAGGGCCACGUGACGCACCCCAUCGGCGACGUAAUCUGCGAUGCCCUCGACAAGCUGGCGGCCACGGAGCUCCCCGUGUGGAUCACGGAGCUGGACGUGUCGGCGGCGGACGAGCCGAUGCGCGCCGACGACCUGGAGACGGUGCUGCGGGAGGCGUUCGCGCACCCGGCUGUGGAGGGGAUUAUGCUGUGGGGGUUCAUGCAGGGCCACAUGUGGCGCGCCAACGGCCAGCUGCUCAACGCCGACGGCUCGCUCAGCGAGGCCGGCCGGAGGUACGUCGGGCUCAGGACGGAGUGGACGUCGCACGCGCGCGGGACGCGCGCGCGCGGGAUGGUCGACGCCAACGGCAACUUCAAGUUCAGGGGCUUCCACGGCAAGUACGUGCUGGAGCUGGCCGCCGGCGCCAGCGGGAAGGUCAGGCGCGCCUUCGACGUGCACAAGGGUGACGCCCCGCUCGUGCUCGACAUGAACCUCUGA